CCCAGCAGCACAUGGCUGAGAUUCUGCGAGAGCUCAAACAAACUCGGCAGCAGAAAAUAUGGAUCCCCCAUCAGUGCGAAAGGCUCCAGCAGAGGAGAGGAUCCUCCAUUCCUCAGUUCACUAAUUCGCCUACCAUGACUUACAUCUCCAAGAAAUUCACCCACUACCUCAACUGGAUCGGGAUCCCAACAAAAGUAUUAAACGUGGGGCAGCGAGAGGUUGUGCAGACCUACAAGAACUUUGAGUUUUUCCUACUGGACAACCAGGAAGCAAUGAAGAUACGAAAAUCUUCUCAAAAACAUCCAGCGAGACAUCGCAGCAGCGCUCAAAAGCAGAAUUUGGGUUGGCCGAUCAACGGCGGGGAGCCAACGAGAUGGAUAGAGCCCGGAUACCAUGGACCACAGGCGAGACCAUCUUAUUCCAGCCUGUACUCCACCCCACACUUCACGAGGAGCAUGAAGACCACAGCUCCACCUGUGUCCUCCUUGCUGUUUCCAAUGGAGGAGCAGAAGAAAAAGACGACCUCUGGCAGUUAUUGGCUAAGUGUGCCCCCUAUGGGGCCACCAAUAAGACCGAUGGACCUGACGGCACCACUGCCAUGUUUAACGAUGCCAGACUACUGGCAACCCAUUGAGAUCUUUCCUCUACCUGAGAGGGAAAGACCUCAGCGUCAGGAGCCGGUUCCUCCAUCAGCCUUCGAACUAAUGGUCAUACAGAAGUGCUUGAGAAUGGAAAGAGAGGAGCUAGAGAGAGAAGCUGCUGCUCAAGAGGAAUAUCAACGGUACAGAAACACUGUUUUGGCAGAAGCGCAGAAGUUAGCUCGGAAGCGCAGGCUGAAUAGCAUGCAUGAAAGACCAGCUUAUGCUAAGAAACCCUGUUAUUCAGUGUCAUCGUGCGGCACAAGGUAUGUACUGUAUAUGAAUACGCUCUCGCUUACUCAGGGGUAUAUCAAUAUCUGAUAAAGCAAGAUGGAUGCACAUUCUGAUACUAGAUAUUGUUGGCACCAUAGUUGAUGAAUCGACACUCCCAAUAAUGUUCCUGUUCAUUGAUAUGUCAUUGGGCACAAGACAGGCUCAUGAGGAAGCAAAGCAUAAUAAAUUAAGGUUUUUUUACUGGAAUUGGGGUACUAUUGUGGCUAUUAUCUAUAUUUAAGCAAUAGGAUUUCCCUGUAUUGAUAUAACCAAGGAAUCAUAGUGCAUGAUGGGAUCUGUAGUCCUCUCACAAGCCAGCC